CUUGGGUGGCGGGAGGAUCUGGGCCGUCGGGCGCGCUCCCGAUGGAAAUGGCGCCAGAUGGGCCUGGUCUCCCACCGCGGCCUCCCUUCCUCCGCAGUCUCGGCUGGGCUACCUGGGCCGGCGGGACUGCGAGUGACUUCUGACGCAGAUUCCCAAGAUGAGAGAGGCUGGAGCUGGGGGAGGAAAGCCAAUGGCGACGAAGGCGCUCAACUCCCAAAUCCAGGACAAAGGAGCCAGACGGCCUCCUUUGUAAUUCCGCCGCCCGGUGGCGAAGGUUUUUAAGCCAGGCUUGGCUGCCGGGCGGGGAGGGGGGGAAGGGGCGUACUCUCCCUAGCUCUUUGGUCUCUAGGGCAGCUAGAUAAACGAAAAGUCUCCGGGGCGGAAUAAAGGACGCUUAGCUGGCCCUUAUAGUCCAGAUUUGGAACUUCGAAAAGACAUUUAAAUCAAACGGUAUUGAGAUGGAUUGGGUUAUGAAACAUAAUGGUCCAAAUGACGCUAGUGAUGGGACAGUACGACUUCGUGGACUGCCAUUUGGUUGCAGCAAAGAGGAAAUAGUUCAGUUCUUUCAAGGGUUGGAAAUCGUGCCAAAUGGGAUAACAUUGACGAUGGACUACCAGGGGAGAAGCACAGGGGAGGCCUUCGUGCAGUUUGCUUCAAAGGAGAUAGCAGAAAAUGCUCUGGGGAAACACAAGGAAAGAAUAGGGCACAGGUAUAUUGAGAUCUUCAGAAGUAGCAGGAGUGAAAUCAAAGGAUUUUAUGAUCCACCAAGAAGAUUGCUGGGCCAGCGACCGGGACCAUAUGAUAGACCAAUAGGAGGAAGAGGGGGUUAUUAUGGAGCUGGGCGUGGAAGUAUGUAUGACAGAAUGCGACGAGGAGGUGAUGGAUAUGAUGGUGGUUAUGGAGGUUUUGAUGACUAUGGUGGCUAUAAUAAUUAUGGCUAUGGAAAUGAUGGCUUUGAUGACAGAAUGAGAGAUGGAAGAGGUAUGGGAGGACAUGGCUAUGGUGGAGCUGCUGAUGCAAGCUCAGGUUUUCAUGGUGGUCAUUUUGUACAUAUGAGGGGAUUACCUUUCCGUGCAACUGAAAAUGACAUCGCUAAUUUCUUCUCACCACUAAAUCCAAUCCGAGUGCAUAUUGAUAUUGGAGCUGAUGGCAGAGCAACAGGAGAAGCAGAUGUAGAGUUUGUGACACAUGAAGAUGCAGUAGCUGCCAUGUCUAAAGAUAAGAAUAACAUGCAACAUCGAUACAUUGAACUCUUCUUGAAUUCAACUCCUGGAGGCGGCUCUGGAAUGGGAGGUUCUGGAAUGGGAGCCUAUGGCAGAGAUGGAAUGGAUAAUCAGGGAGGCUAUGGAUCUGUUGGAAGAAUGGGAAUGGGGAACAAUUACAGUGGAGGAUAUGGUACUCCUGAUGGCCUGGGUGGUUAUGGCCGUGGUGGUGGAGGCAGUGGCGGUUACUAUGGGCAAGGUGGCAUGAGUGGAGGUGGAUGGCGUGGGAUGUACUGAAGCGUAACCACUGAUAUAAAAGUCCUGACAACAGCAUCUGGUCUACUAGACUUUCUUACAGAUUUAAUUUCUUUUGUAUUUUAAGAACUUUAUAAUGACUGAAGGAAUGUGUUUUCAAACUAUUAUUUGGUAAAGCAACAGAUUGUGAUGGGAAAAUCUGUUUUCUGUAGGUUUUAUUUGUUGCAUACUUUGACUUAAAAAAAUAAAUUUUUAUAUUCAAACCACUGAUGUUGAUACUUUUUAUAUACUAGCUACUCCUGAGGAUGUGCUGCUUUCAUAAGAUUUGGGUUGAUGUAUUUUACUAUUAGCUCUACAAGAAGUAGUUUAGUGUAAUCUUAGAGGACAGUGGUUCACCUCUGCAUAAACUACAAGUCUUAACAAGCAGACAUCUAGAAUAGAGCUUGGAAAAUAAUUAGUGUAACUCUUUAAUAAUUUCUCCUUGACAAUACUGUAAAUAUAAAACCUUAAAGGUGAGUUUAGGUGGCUUCAGGAGUAUAAAUUCAGUUAAUUCUAUAUUAUUCUUUUUCAAAAGUCAUUUAUCAGGCAUAGCUCUGAAAUGUUAAUGAUCUAAGAGGAGGUAUCUGGCUAUAUGAAUAUUCAUAAUUAUGUUACCUGCAGAUGGGAGUGUUGAAAGUUUAAAUUCUAGCCCUAGAUUUUAGAAUAAAUCCCCUCAGCACUUGACUGACAUACCAAAAAAAUGUUUCCCAAAAGUGAUAGUUGUAAGUUCUCAAAAUGUCUUGACUAAGUUAAGGUUCUCAGUGACAUGAGAAUUCAGUGCAAGUACAAAGAUAUUUACCAUGGAGUAUAAUUCUCACAGAUGUAUUUUUCAGUUUCCAGCCCAAUAGUUAAAGCAUAUGGUUUUUUAAUAACUGUAUAGAUGACUACUUUAAAAAAAUGUAAGACACAAGUCCAUGUCUUGAGAGUCUUGCGAUUGGAUUUUGCAUCUGAUAUGUUUGGAGUUUUAGAGCCAUUAUGUUAAAAAAUUAUUAAUGUAGCAAGGAAAAGGUGCUUUUUUACUUUUAAUCCCUUUGAUCAAUAUGGCUUUUUUCCAAAUUGGCUAAUGGAUCAAAAUGAAACCUGUCAAUGUGAAUUCAGUUAUUGAACUUGUUACUUGUUUUUGCUAGAAAUGUU